AUGUGGUACCUACCCAUUAAAGACAGGUUAAAAAGAUUAUACCAAUCGGAGAGGACUGCUGCAUGGAUGAGGUGGCAUGCUGAACAUGUCCAGAAGGAUGGCGAGGUCGCUCACCCAUCAGAUGCAAGGGCGUGGAAACAUUUCAACAAGGUAUACCCAGAUUUCGCUGAAAAUAUUCGGAAUGUCUAUCUUGGGUUAUGCACCGAUGGAUUUAGUCCAUUUGGUAUGUCUGGGAGACAGUAUUCUUUGUGGCCAGUUAUUCUUACGCCGUACAACCUGCCGCCGGAUAUGUGCAUGGAACAAGAAUUUCUAUUCUUGACCAUAUUAAUCCCUGGGCCGAAGCAUCCAAAACGGUCGUUGGAUGUAUUUCUUCAACCACUGAUACAGGAGCUAAAGGAGUUGUGGUCAGAAGGGGUAAGAACUUAUGAUUGUUCCACGAAAACCAAUUUUACGAUGCGAGCAGUUCUGCUGUGGACGAUAAGUGACUUUCCUGCUUAUGGAAUGUUGUCUGGCUGGACAACUCAUGGAAGAAGAAAUAAGACAUUGUUUAGGAAAAACAAAGUUGUCAGAGACAGUCCUCCUCCAUAUCUCACAGGCCAGCAGAUCGAGGAGGACAUUGAUUAUUACGGAGCUCAGAAAACUGUGAAGCAAGGAGGAAACUGGCAUGUUCCUGGUAAUAUGCCUGAUGGGUAUGGGGUUUCUCACAAUUGGCAUAAGAAAAAAGCGAAGUCAACUUUGUUUGACUGGGUUGCAUCAGAAGUGAAGUUUCCUGAUGGUUACGUUUCAAAUCUGUCAAGGUGUGUUGAACGAGGUCAAAAGUUCUCAGGAAUGAAGAGUCAUGAUUGUCAUGUGUUUAUGCAACGACUACUUCCAUUCGCUUUUGCUGAGCUCCUUCCAACAAAUGUACAUGAAGCACUUGCAGCGAUCGGAGCUUUCUUCAGAGACCUUAGCACACGUACGUUCAAGGAAGAAGUCAUCGAACAACUUCAUGAGAACAUCCCGAUCAUAGUGUGCAACCUAGAGAAGAUAUUUCCUCCAUCAUUUUUUGACGUCAUGGAACAUCUAGUUGUCCACCUCCCGUACGAAGCAUUACUUCGCGGACCUGUUCACAAUGGAUGGAUGUAUCCAUAUGAGCGCUCUAUGAAACAUUUGAAGGGGAAAGCAAGAAAUCUUGCAAAGGUGGAAGGUUCGAUUGUGGCUGGAAGUUUGACAGCAGAAACAUCUAACUUCACAUCAUACUACUUUGCUUCAACGGUUCGUACGAGGAAAAGAGUUCCUAGAAGAUAUGAUGAUGGUGGAGUACCACAAUCUUAUGCAGUAGACGGUGUUCCUGACAUUUUCUGCCAAAUUGGACGGUUUGGUGGUAAACUGAGAGAAGUAUGGUGGUUCAGUGAUGAGGAUAAGCAUAGUGCCCACACUUAUAUUCUGCUCAACUGCGAGGAUGCUGUGAUGCGUUCUUUUGAAAGCUUGUUUGUAUCUCAAGUUGAAGAAGCAAUACCAGGAAUAUCCGGAACCGAGGUGGAUGCAAGGAAAGAUAAGCACUUUGUCAAGUGGUUAAAAGGACAGGUUGAUUAUGACGAUCCAUAUUAUCCUGUAUGGUUUCAUGAUUUGAUCCAAGGUCCAGUAGCAAAGGUCACCACAUCAUCUAUGUACUUCACACGAGGUUUCACUUUUCAUACAUAUGAGUAUGGGAGACGUCGGGCAACAAGCAACUACGGGAUAUGUGUGAAAGGUGAAACAGACUUUUACGGGAUCUUGCAAGAGAUUAUUGAAGUGGAAUUUCCAGGGUUGUUGAAGCUAAAAUGUGUCCUCUUCAAAUGCGAGUGGUUCGACCCGGUGGAGAACCGUGGUGUUCGGUUUAACAAAUUUGGUGUUGUGGAUAUCCAUUCUGGGAGAAGAUAUAACAAAUUCGAGCCUUUCAUCUUAGCUUCCCAAGCCGAACAAGUUAGCUUCCUUCCAUACCCUCGCCUUCGAAGUUCUGGGAUAAAUUGGUUAACUGCUAUCAAAAUAACACCUCGUGGACGGAUUGUUGCUGGAGAAGAACCACCUUUGCAAGAAGAAGAUGCAAUCAAUGAAGUUGAGGUACCUGAUCAACAAACUGAUGAAAUUCUUUUGAUCGACCCGGAUAACCGUCAAUAUGAAGAUCUUCCCGAAGAUGUGACGGAUGAAGCACGUGAAGAUGAGUUCGAUAGAAGCGAUGAUGAUCAUUGUAGUGAUGUUGAUGAGAACUCAAACGAUUCUUCAUGAUGUAAAAUAUGUAACAAAUGUUGAUUUUUAUUAGAAGAUCUUAUUUUCAUAUGUGUAUCAAAU